ACCGGAAGCUGUAGUCCUGACUGCGGCUAACUUCCCCCUGUGACCAAGAUGGCGUCUCUCAGAAAGCAGUGUUAGCAGAGGGUCUUUGUUGUGUUAGAAAGAGGUAAAAUGUGUAAAGUCCAGAUGCUGAGAGCGUUGGUGGAGCAGCGACUAACUGCGGCUGCUGAAGAGAUAUUUGGGCUGUUUGAAAGAACGAUAGCAGAGUACGAGGAGGAACUUUGUCGUUCAAAAGAGGAGAACGAGCGACAACGGGAACUACUGGACGCUGUUUUCAACCCUCAGCUCCGGGUCCACAGAGCAGAUGUUGAGCAGCUUAUGGUGGUUAAAGAAGAGGUUCCCCCUAAGCAGCAGGAGUGUAGCUCCAGUGUGGACCAACAGGAGCCAGAGUCCCCCCCACACAUUAAAGAGGAGCAAGAGGAACUGUGGAGCAGUCAGGAGGGAGAGCAGCUUCAAGGGCUGGAGGAGGCUGAUAUCACAAAGUUCCCAUUCACUCCUGUCCCUGUGAAGAGUGAAGAUGAUGAAGAGGAAGAUGGUAAUCAGCUGUCGGUGGUUAAAGAAGAGGUUCCCCCUGAGCAGCAGGAGUGUAGCUCCAGUGUGGACCAGCAGGAGCCAGAGACCCCCCCACACAUUAAAGAGGAGCAGGAGGAACUGUGUGUUAGUCAGGAGGGAGAGCAGCUUCAAGGGCUGGAGGAGGCUGAUAUCACCAAGUUCCCAUUCACUCCUGUCUCGGUAAAGGGUGAAGAUGAUGAAGAGAAAGAUGUUGAGCCGCUGUUGGUGGUUAAAGAAGAGGUUCCCCCUGAGCAGCAGGAGUGUAGCUCCAGUGUGGACCAGCAGGAGCCAGAGGCCCCCCCACACAUUAAAGAGGAACAGGAGGAACUAUGGCGCAGUCAGGAGGGAGAGCAGCUUCAAGGGCUGGAGGAGGCUGAUAUCACCAAGUUCCCAUUCACUCCUGUCCCUGUGAAGAGUGAAGAUGAUGAAGAGGAAGACGUGCAGCAGCUGUUGGUGGUCAAAGAAGAGGUUCCCCCUGAGCAGCAGGAGUGUAGCUCCAGUGUGGACCAGGAAGAGCCAGAGGCCCCCCCACACAUUAAAGAGGAACAAGAGGAUCUGUGGAGCAGUCAGGAGGGAGAGCAGCAUCAAGGGCUGAAGGAGGCUGAUAUCACCAAGUUCCCAUUCACUCCUGUCCCUGUGAAGAGUGAAGAUGAUGAAGAGGAAGCUCAGUCCUCACAGCUUCAUCAGAGACAGACAAAGACAAACACAUGGAAACAGAAAAAUUAUGUAGAGGACUGUGAUGGACCAGAACCAGCCAGGAACUCACAUCCACUUUUACAACCCGAGACUGAAGACCAGACUGGUAACUCUUCUGAACCAGAGACUGAUGACAGUGCUGAUUGGAAGGAGACCAGAGAACCUCAGUCAGCUUUAAACUCUCUGAAACAUGAUUCAAGAUAUGGUCAGCAGCUGUCGGUGGUUAAAAAAGAGGUUCCCCCUGAGCAGCAGGAGUGUAGCUCCAGUGUGGACCAGCAGGAGCCAGAGGCCCCCCCACACAUUAAAGAGGAACAGGAGGAACUGUGGAGCAGUCAGGAGGGAGAGCAGCUUCAAGGGCUGGAGGAGGAUGAUAUCACCAAGUUCCCAUUCACUCCUGUCCCUGUGAAGAGUGAAGAUGAUGAAGAGGAAGCUCAGUUCUCACAGCUUCAUCAGAGACAAACUCAACACAUGGAAACAAAAGAUGUGCAGCAGCUGUUGGUGGUUAAAGAAGAGGUUCCCCCUGAGCAGCAGGAGUGUAGCUCCAGUGUGGACCAGCAGGAGCCAGAAGCCCCCCCACACAUUAAAGAGGAACAGGAGGAACUGUGGAGCAGUCAGGAGGGAGAGCAGCUUCAAGGGCUGGAGGAGGCUGAUAUCACCAAGUUCCCAUUCACUCCUGUCCCUGUGAAGAGUGAAGAUGAUGAAGAGGAAGCUCAGUCCUCACAGCUUCAUCAAAGACAAACUCAACACAUGGAAACAGAAGCUGAUGGAGAGGACUGUGGAGGACCAGAACCAGCCAGGAACUCACAUCCCCUUGUACAACCAGAGACUGGAGACCAGACUGGAGACUCUUCUGGUCCUGAGACUGAUGACAGAGCUGAAAGGAAAACAUUUAUACAGAAGGGACAAUUGACUUACCACAGGCCACGUCACACAGGGGAUAAACCGUCUACUUCCUGUGUUAGUGACAUAACAAAGCAGCUGGAGGCUCACAGAUUAAAGAGGAGCAGAGGAACUGUGGACUAAUCAGGAGGGAGAACCAGACACUGAUGACAGUGCUGAUUGGAAGGAGACCAAAGCUUUAGACUUAGGUGCAGGAGACACGUCCUACAAAUCCGUAGUG